UCAACCCUGCUAGUAGAAUUUAAGAAGUAUUUUCUGCAGAAACCAAUAAUAAUGUUUACUAAUAUUGUGGAAUAUAAAAAAACGUACGCUGACCUAAUUAACUGGUAAAUAGUUUGGGAGAAUACGAAAUACAAAUAGAAAAAAAUGAAACAGGCCGUUCAAUUAGGGGAACGAAGACAAAUCAUUAAGUUAACACAGACACACAUCGUUUUCAUGUUACAUAUAUGUGUAUAUGUGCGAUGGAGUUGUAUAAACGCCAACUUAGGCAUAUACAUACAUUAAGGUAUGCGUGCAUACAAUUAGUAUAGGUCAGCUGGUUAGAUCGGGUCUUUUCGAUUGGUUAUCCAUCGAUUUCUCUUCCUAUUAUACCAAACAUUCAGAAUUUAUACAAUAUAUAUAAGUAAACACAACAAGGAGAUACAGCACCUGUUUCAACUAAAGUGACUCUAGUUAUUGUGAAUAUAAUUUGAACAAUAAAAAAAAUACGGAUUUAUUUUUAGUCAUUUGCUUAAUGUUGCAUAUUAUUCAGUGUGCAGUAAUGAUAUCAAUAUACAAAUCAUAGAAACAGAAGUUAACUAGACUCUUUUGAUUUUAACAACAACUGUGAAAUUCCAAAAGGGACAAAAAUUCCCAAGUUUCUCUUCAUCAGUUUUCCCUUCUCUUGUAUAUGGUAUGAAAAUAUGAAAACUUUGGGAUUAUAUCAUUGCAUUAUUCAAUAUUUCAAUAAAAACAGAAACUAUUCUAUUACUAAUAACAAGAUGUGUAUUUAUUUUAAUUUAAAUCUUAUUUUAUUAUUAUUUUUAAUUACUUUUAAUUUAUUAUCAAAUUCUUUUUUAUCAUUAUGUUCCAAUUUACCUAAAUCAACAAAAUUAACAACUUCUUUGAAUACUUUGAAUCAAUUUAAACAUUGUUGUGAUGAUGGAUUAAUUGCUGCUCAUAGUUUAGAUUUACCAAUUUUAAUAAGUCAAACCAGUGUAACUAAUACUGAAACAUGUGCAGAGAUAUUACAAUUUGGUACAUCAGUGGUUGAAGAUGAUGCUGAAAAUUUAUCUUCAAAUCAUUUUUGGUGUCAACGUGUUCAACAUUUCUGUUGUUUAUCAGCUAGAAGAUUAAAAGCUUGUCAAAUUGGUUCAGAUCAUGUUAUUAAAUUUAAUUCAAAUAAUUGUUCGAUUGGUGAGUUUAAUCAUUUAAUUGACAAGAGAUUAACACCAAUCGCUCGGGAAUGUUGUCUAUGCCAGUUAAUAUGGCGUAAAAGUUUAAUAAAUGAAAAUAACUUAUUCAAAGAUAAUCCAGAGUCUGUACAAAGUGUUUGCCCCAAUGGAAAUUGUUGUAAUUUUCUUAAUAAGAUAUUAAUGGAAGGUAAUACAACUUCAUCCAAACCAUCAAUGAUCAUGUCUGAUGAUCCUAAUGUUCAUACAAUUAUAACGGAAUAUUUAACUACUACUGAAGAAAUUGCUAUGUUGAUGACCACUUCGUCUACACCAAUUACAACGGAAAAAUCAGUGGAAAUGACUACAAGUACAACCACAACAAAAAAACAAAUAAUAGACGACGAAGAUGACUUUUCGUUCAGUCUUGUUGGUGGCAUAGAUUUGCCAGAUAUUUGGGAAGAAACAGAUAUUGAUAAUACAUCACUAACCAAUAAAACUAUAAAUAACCACACUGCUGAUCUAGUUACAGCAUCUACUCCUUCUACCAAUCUUCCUUCAAAAACUGAUACGUCCACUGAUGCCACUUCUAUUAUUUCUGUGGAGUCUACACCGGGGACAACGGUUACUGCCACCACGGCUACUACGUAUACUCCUACCUCUGCGAGUACUUUGGCAACCAGCAACCAUACCAUAACCACCAAAUUGUCAAACGAAACGACUCCUACUAGCUUAAAAGAAGUUAGUCAAUUGGAAACUAUACAAUGUCAAGAAAAUUUUGUUUGGGAUAGCAAACAACAGUUGUGUGUUCGACUAAUGUUCUCAUGUCCAGUAGGAAUGUAUCUUAAUAAAGAAACAAGGAAGUGUGUUCUUGAAUCAACAGAUCAAUCAGAUUGUCCUAUAGGUUACAAGUUAUCCAGUACGCGAGAUGAAUGUGUAGACAUAAAUGAAUGUAUGGAAGGUCUCAGCUCAGGUAGAUUACCGUGUGAAGGUGAAGGAACAAGGUGUGAAAAUUUACCGGGAUCCUACAACUGUUCAUGUAUUUCUGGAUUUUCAAUGGCAUCAGAUGGGACCUGUGUUGAUAUUAAUGAAUGCACAUCAUUGUACAAUCCUUGCCUUGCUGGUCAACAAUGUCGAAAUUUAAUUGGUUCAUAUCAGUGUAUUCGUGAGGUCCCAUGUGGUUACGGUUAUGUAUUAAAUCCUAGAACUCAACAAUGUGAAGAUGUUGAUGAAUGCAAAGUCGAUCCACUUAUAUGCGGUAAAGGUAUGGCAUGCAUAAAUGUUCGCGGAGGUCAUAAAUGCGUUGAUUAUCAUUGCCCUGGAAAUGCAAAACGAAACAAAAUUGGUGAUUGCGUUCCAUGUCCUACAGGAUAUGUAUACAAUGCCUCAAGCGGAGUAUGCGAUGAUAUUGAUGAGUGUCAACAAGCAAAUAAAUGUAGAUCUUGGGAGAAAUGCAUUAACGAACGUGGCUUCUUUUUAUGUGAAGCCAAAUUAAAUUGUGCUCAUGGUACGCGAAUUAAUGCCAAUGGUACAGAAUGCAUAGAUAUAGAUGAAUGUUUAGAAAGAAGUUUUCACUGUGAUGAUGGGAAAAUAUGUGUUAACACCCUAGGUUCAUACUACUGUACAGAAUCCAAUUGUACUGUAACUCAAAUAUAUGAUUAUCAAGAAAAAAAAUGUACUUGUGAGAAAGGAUAUCAUAUUCUUGAAAAUGAAUGUGUAGAUAUUGAUGAAUGCUCUGAAAACAAGCACAACUGCACCUACGACAGUACUUGUAUGAAUCAUAUCGGAGGAUUUCGCUGUAUACGAAUAGAAGAAUGUCCAUCAGGUUUAAAACGAAAAUCUCAAUUUUCAAGAUGUGAAGAUAUAAAUGAAUGUGAAUUGAACAUAGACAGUUGUGGUGCUCAUACAUUUUGUAAAAAUACUAUUGGUUCUUAUCAGUGUAUAUGUAAACAUGGAUAUAAGAAUAUUAAUGAAACAGAUUGUACAGAUAUUGAUGAAUGUUCAAUAUUUACACCAGCGGAAUCCUGUCCUGAUACAAGGGCUCGGUGUGUGAAUACCCAAGGAAGUUACGUUUGUGUCUGCCCUGAAGGUUUUAUUUGGUUAGGUUAUCCAGACUUAAAAUGCAAAGAUGUUAAUGAAUGCACUGAAAAACCAGAUAUUUGUGGAAAAGAACACCAGUGCGUAAAUAUGAUUGGCGGUUAUCGAUGUCAGUGUGCUCCUGGAUAUAAAAAUGGAGAAAAUGAAAAGUCGUGCGUUGAUAUCGACGAAUGCAAUGUGAAACCGUACAAUAAUGAUAUUAACUAUAUAUCGCCGUGUCCAUAUUCAUUAUGUAUUAAUCAACCUGGGAGUUAUCAAUGCCAAUGUCCUGAUGGAUUUCGGCUAGGGAGAGGAAAUCGAUGUUAUGAUAUUGAUGAAUGUCAUGAAAUGGAAAAUGUGUGUAAAUCAAAUAAUCCAUAUGCUCCAAGUCAAGCCUGUAUAAAUCUUAUGGGUAGUUAUCGAUGUGUAUCUGACGAGACUCCACCAAAUUAUGUGAAGCAUAGACUUGGUAAUGGAUUCAGGUAUGAACUUAAAGAUAAUACAAAAUGUUCAAACAUUGGAGAAAAAUGUAUUCAACGAAUGGAUGAUUUAUUUAUUGAACUAGAUCAAGAUGCACGUGUACCACAAACAUUAGCGCGAAUCGAUACUAAAGGUUUACCCACGGGUGUCGUACGAAUAGAUUUAAAUAAACAUUAUGCAUAUCAAGCAUAUAGUGGAAAACAAAUUCCUGUUUCAACAGCAUUUCGUCUACAACCAAGUCGUUUACACACUGGCAGUGUUGAAGUUCGCCUACUUCGUAAAUUACCAGCCCCAAUGAAUAUUCUAAUAUCCGUUCAUGUGACAAUAUCCAAAGGUGAUAUAGAAAUUGCACAUGCUGUCACUAAACUUUACCUGUUUGUUACACAAUCAUUUUCUGAACGAUUGAGAACAAGCAGAAUAAUUCAAAGAGGAAUAAUUUAAAUAAUACGUUGUCCCUUCUAUCCUUUACUCGUCUGCAAUUAAAUGUUUUUAUUAUUAUUCAAUUAGGAUCACUGAGAAAAUUUUUCCCUCUUUCGGUUUGUUUACCAUCCUUUUACACCUAAAAUUUUACUUCAAAAUUUACAAUGCGGUAUAAAAUCAAUGCAGUCAAACUAAGCUGAUUAGUCAGUGACAAAAAAACAUUUUAACAAGUAAUAUUUAUUCAGAAGGAAUAUCGUAUACCUGCUGAUACUGUAAGCGAUGAUCGGUAUCAUUUAUUAGUUUACUGACAAAUGAGGAGUCGCACAUGAACAUGCAGUGAAACAUAUUCAUCUAUACAAACAUAGUCUAUUGCAUUUUAUACACAUUCAUAUUCUUAUAAACUACUUUCAUCGAUACUGUCAUAAAUAUAUAUAUACAUCAGAUUCAAUAAAUCAAUAGAUUACGCAACAUUGAUUAUCUUAACAUAUAAACAAACAAACUUAUAUACAUACAUAAGCAUAUAUACGCGCAUAUAUAUGUAAAUUAAUCGUUUAUUUCUCUACCCUAUAUCUCAAUAAUUUCUUUCUUGUUUAAGCGCCACUCCAUGGGUAUCCAACCAUUGAUGAGAUUAUCGUUUUUUUGAGUAUAUAAAUAUACGUUUAAUAUUCUUAUCCAAGAAAUAAAACUGAAACACUAUUACUGCUCCUAAUAUCACUACUAAUACUACUAUUAUUGUUAAUUAUCACGUAUUACUGUAAUAUUUAUGUUUGUGUAUAUGUACGUUUUGCUUAAAUGACAUCACUUUAAUAAAUGCUAUUUUCUUUUGUUUUCAUGAAUCGACAACAGAGCUGAUAAUCACCAAGCUAUAUAAGCAAAUAAUCAUUUACAACUCACUCGUAACUGACUUCGGGACAAUACUCUUAAAGUUCUAGUAAGAGUUCAUGACUCGUAUGAUCAAUGUAAUUGCCACUCAAAUAGUGAAUAUUCGAUGACAGUGAACAUUUUACUGUAAAGUGAUUGAAAUUUGGAACGAAUGUCAUUAAAAUUUUACGCAGCAUCACAAUAACAUAAUGUUCUCAGUGAGAUCUGAUCGUUCUUGUUUUGAUUCCUUAUAGAGUUGUGGAUACCCUGAAUAAAUAGCAUCAAACUAGAAUAAAGUAUUUUCCCUUUAGUUUGCAGUCAAUUUUCAAAUGUCAUCUCGUGAUAAAAGUUACUUUCAAAUUGAGUUUAUAAAAACUACUCAAUUCCAAAAAAAUAUCUGGUUACUUGCUAUUCAGUUUUCAUAAUUAAUUGUGUUUCCUAUGAUUAAAUUUCAAGUAACAAAAUUAUAACGGGGUUUCAGUUGAAUUUUUUGAUAAGUAAAUAUCAAAAUUAUGCACGCUGUAAAAACGGAAUACUUGUUAUCGUCAAAGCCUGUUGACUAAGUUUUAUGCAGAAUACAACCCUGUAUAUUCGUCAAACGACAAGAUUGCUCGUAUGUUACGCGUAAAAACUGUUUUAUUCCAUAUGGAUAAAAAAUGUGUUGUUGGAUCAUUGAAAACACUUACUGAGAAAAACACUUGGUUUUCUCAUGUUUCAUUCUUGUUUAAAGGAUUGUUUACUAUUUUAAAGAGAAAAUACUUUUCCUCAGAUAUUUUUAUUUCAAACGAAAAUUGAGUAGAUUAGAAUUGGAUAACUGAUUUUGUGUCUGUAGGUUAAAUUUUCGAGUAUUCAAAUAAAAAAUUAAGGACUCGUAAUACUUGAUCUAAAUGAAGGUGUUUUUAAUGGGAUCUGAAAUAACACUCUAUAAAUCUGUUCAUUGCUAUACAUAGUUUUCUUUUUAGAUAUCAAUAUACACUAUUUAGAAAUUUACUGACACGAUCAUAUUAUAGUUACAACUUAAGGUAAAAUACUGACAGAUAACUAGGCAACAGUUAUUAAUUUUAUGAUACUCAGUAUCAUUCAGCGUAAUAGUAUUUUUAGCUUCUCUAAACCAGUAAUAUCGUGGAAAUUUGUUGCUAUCUUCUUCAGUAAUCUCAUCAAUGAUAGGUACCUUUCAAUCAUUUUCACCUAACUCAUUAUCAGUAAAUUAAUGUAGCUUUCUAUGUUCUCCCUCACUUCUUCCAAUCGUUUCUUAUUAUUAUUUAUACUUAUAUUAAAGGUCUUUGAAUCCUUUUCUUUUCUAGAAAAGCAACCUGGUCUUCUUGAGUGGACUAAAUUUUCUUUGAAACAUAUUUUUAACUGACAUUCCAAUUUAACUAUCUGAUUAAAUAGUAGUAUUGAUAAACAAGAAAUAUUCCCAAAGAUUUGUUAUCUGGCAGUUAAUAAUUUCAAUUCAACUACAAAGAUUCCUCUAUGAAACAACCUAUUUGAAACAUUAUUUAUAUUGAUUAUACCAUUAAUAUGUGUAACACAAUGAUUGAAUUCGAUAAAUAUGUGUACUUCAACAACAACAACAACAGUGAUUAUUUCGUUUUAAGUUUAUUCAAUAUUCAUUUGUUUGUUUAAUAUAUUCAUUGCAUUAUUCACUUAUUUGUUCAUGUUAAAUAAAAAUAAAAGACCAAAGACAAACAAUCAAUCAGGUAUUUGAAAUUCACAAUAUAAUAAUUUGUAAAAUCAAGAAAAGAUGAAGUAGAUAAAAAAAAUAGAUCAAGAUUGACAAAAGAUUAUUUAUAUGUCCUAAUGUCGAUUUUUGACAUACUGUAUACAAAUGUCAUAUUUUGUCAAUAAUUAAAUAGGGAAGAUUUGUUUACAGAACACAUCUUUAUUCUAGGGAAGUGCUUAUGAUUAAAAUUAUUUAUCAGAAUGGUAUUAGUUAGGAAUUCACAUAAAACAUCAAACACAUUUAUCUAGUUAUCUAUUAAACCAUCCUGAUUCCAUUCACUAUUCUGUACACAUUAUCCAAAAUUCCCCAUACUAAAUUAAAAUAUAUACCAUAGGAUGCGGAUAUUUAUGAGAAUUAUUUACUUUGGAUUAUUUAGCAUCACUAGUUGGAAAAAAUGACCCACUAAAAGCUAAAGAGCAUCAGCUGAACAGAUGUUUCGUUUUAUUUGAAACUUUUCAUAGUUUACCCACCCAGCCCUCAUCCAUACACAAAACUCAGUUCCUUCAGGUCUCAUGAUAAGAAUAUAAUUAACUGUACAAUUCAUUCCCUGGAUUUUGGGUUGUAAACAAAAUCUAACAUUUACAGCUUUUUAACCAGAUACGAGUGAUGGCUGGUGGUGGAAUCGACGACAUGCACUUCGUCUUAUUUAGGAUUCAUCGGCUGGAUGUACCUGUAUUCUAGAAUUGAUGUUCACUCCAGAUUCCAAUCCAGUGCUAUUUACUUCAAGCACCAUCGCGUUAUUCACUUACUUAUUGUAUCCAGACAGCCAUUGGAUUCAAACAAUCAAUACAAAUGAAUUUACAGCUUUAAAUUCUUUUAUUUAGAUAUCUUAAACAGUGAACUUGCUGCAAAAUAUCAACAAUUUUACAUUUAAUU